GCCGUUGAAAAGUCAUAAACACACCUCCAAGCCUCGAGUCAGCACGCCUCCUCCUUGUCCUGCGCCUCCUCGCCUCAGCAGCAGCCAUGGCCUUCGCUGUGCAGGUCCGCCAACAGCUGCAGGCCCUCGUGUCCUCCGGGGGCUCACACAAGGACCAGGACAAGUACAGAGUUGUCUUGGAGUCCAUUUUGAAGGCUGGCAAUGAAAAUGAUGUUGCUGAAGGACUUCAAGCCUUCAUAGAAGCAAUUGUGAAGGAAAAUGUCAGCUUGGUAAUAUCUCGGCAGCUGCUCUCCGAUGUCUCGACACAACUCACAUCGAUGGCAGACAACAUCGCCAAAACAGUUGCACACUUCACCCUCGACAAAGUCCAGCCACGAGUGAUCAGUUUUGAGGAACAAGUGGCCAGCAUCAGACAACACCUCGCUGACAUAUAUGAGCGGGAAAGUUCCUGGAGAGAAGCAGCAGCUGUACUGACAGGCAUUCCUCUUGAAACAGGACAGAAGCAGUACAGUGUUGACUAUAAGCUGGAGACCUACCUCAAGAUUGCCCGCCUCUACCUGGAGGACGAUGACCCAGUGCAGGGGGAAGCGUACAUCAACCGUGCCAGCAUCCUCCAGGCAGAGACCAAGAACGAACAGUUGCUGAUCUACUACAAGGUUUGCUAUGCUCGAGUUUUGGAUUACCGGCGGAAGUUUAUUGAGGCGGCGCAGCGCUACAAUGAACUGUCCUACCGCCCCAUCAUUCACGAGGAUGAGAGGAUGGAGGCCCUGAAGAAGGCGCUCAUUUGCACUGUCUUGGCCUCUGCAGGCCAGCAGCGCUCCAGGAUGCUAGGAACGCUGUUCAAGGACGAGCGUUGCCAGAAGCUGCCAUGCUAUCACAUCCUGGAGAAGAUGCACCUUGACAGGAUCAUCCGCCACAACGAGCUCACAGAAUUUCAGAACAUGCUGCAGCCCCACCAGCAGGCCACCACCUCCGACGGCUCCACCAUCCUGGACAGGGCUGUCACAGAGCACAACCUGUUGGCCGCCAGCAAGCUGUACAAUAACAUCACAUUCUCAGAGCUCGGGGCUCUGCUUCAGAUUUCUCCGGCCAAGGCAGAGAAAAUAGCCAGCCAGAUGAUUACGGAGGGACGCAUGAAUGGCUACAUCGACCAGAUUGAUGGCAUCCUCCACUUUGAGGCACGGGAUGUCCUUCCUCAGUGGGACAAGCAGAUCCAGUCCCUCUGUUUCCAAGUGAAUGGAAUCAUUGAGAAAAUUAAUGUGGCACACCCAGAGUGGGUGGCCAAAGUGAUGGACGAACAGAUGGUGCAGUGAAGGAGUCAACACUGCCAUGAACACUGCAAAUUGAUGUGGCGUCACUGCCUGUAGAAGGUGACUUGGCCCCAUGUGAGUGGUUACCCCAUUAAAGUACACAAAAAUAA